CAACUUCUGGUCACACUGAGUUUGAGGAAAAAAUCGUAACGGUUGGGAGCGGAGCGCGGAGUUUCGCUUUUCAGUGUUUUGUAGGCUGACAAAAGUGAGGAGUUAAAUUUACUAAACAAAUCGUUUGGGUGGCUUUGCCUCUGUCUACAAUUUCAACCCAACGCUUGUCGCGCAUCGAAAAAACGUAACAUCGCGAGAGCUACGAAAAGCCAUUGUGUGGCCGUCACAGGAAAAUUCGGCAACAGCAAUUGAAAACACUACGAAACUUCGAAAAUUAGCCGAAAUAAAAACACAGAGUGCAGUUAAAAUCGCCAUUGAAUCGCCGAGCGCGUGCAUAUAUACGGGUUCCGUUGGUUUCGUUCCGUUUCUUGUCGCUUUUUUCUUGCACACACUUUACCACUUUACCUUUGCGUCUCUCGUUCCGUUGCGUGAGUGUGUGGUGUGCGUGCGUGUGUGUUGUUUUUGUGUGUUUGUUAACUAAAGCACAGGUAGAAAAAAGAAAAGAAAACCAUGGGCGAAAUAUGAAUAUGAAAUUAAGUAAAUAUAAAACAAAAGCAACAGAAACAUCCAGUUGAAACAACAACACACUCAUUUUUCCCGUCGUGUUUUAAUAACUUUGUGCGUCUUUCGCAUUCAUUUCAUAUAGUAUUAUUUUUCUCUUGGACUUUUCAACAACAGCAACAUGAGUGAGAGAGAGCGAGAGCGAAAAUCGUGAUCACCGUGUCGUGAAUGAAUAUUUGUCAGUGUGUGCGAAGCGUGCUCUACGCACACACACAAGUACGUAAACAACACACACAACAGUGAUUGUGUGCGGCAUUUAAUAAAUAAUUGUGUGCAAAUAAAUGUUCCAAAAAGAAAUCGUUAAACAACAGCCCAAAAAAACGUAAACCAAAAGUGCGAAAAUUAUUCUUCGACUAGAUCAAUCAGCGGUGCAAAAAAAAUCUAAAACAAAUAGUGUGUGCUUGUAGAAAUCUUCUGGAGACUUGGAACGUCGAAUUUUAAUCAUCUCGGUCUUUUCUUGGAUACGGAACAUCUACAAAUAUUUUCCUCUUUGCCGAAAAGGAUGCGCAGGCUGUAGGAGCGAGCGAUCUUAACCAGGAGGCCAUCACCGAGAUCGGAAUCCACGGAGGAGUCAUGUCACAGAAAGUGUUCUCGGCGCAUCCAGCGCUGGCGGUGGAGCAGCUGCACCAGGCGGAGCAGGAGGAGAGCCAGAACACCACCACGAUCACAAGCAGUAGUACCAAUCAUCACCAGCAGCGGGCGACGGCACAGAGCAGGCGGCAUCCGAAGGCCACGCCCAAGAAGUUCACCCUGAGCAGGAGCUGUGCGGGCGGCGGAUCGGCGGGAACCCUGAGCGGAGUCCACCAGCAGGUCGCCACCAGUUCCAGUUCAUCCAAUCCCGCCAUCAGUCCGGAGACCAAGAAGACACUGCCCGUGCGGACAAACUACGCGGCGGUGGACGACGACGAUGACAUCGAGUGCGAGGAUAUCGACGAGGUGAACUUUGGCCAGCAGGAGCAGCAGAAGGAGGCGGAGCGGGAGAUCCGGCAACCAACCAAAGACUGUGGCAUCGAUGAGACGGAUCACGUGCAGCAGCGCCACAAAAGCGGAACGACAGCGACAACGACGGCGAGGCACCACCACCAGGAUGGAGGAGGAGGUGGUGACCAGAGUGAUCUGAGCAGCGUGAUCAGCUCGCCGUCGGUUAGCACAGUGUCCUCGCCCCUUUCCACGCCCACCCGGCUGCCACAGGCGUUGCAGCAGCAGCUGCACUGCUGCCAGAAAUCCAGCAAUGGCAUGGAGUCCCGGGCGAGAACGUCGCCGCAGCAGAUCCAGCAUCCGCACAGGCAACACCAUCAGCACCAGCAGCAGCACCACCAUCACCACCAUCAUCAUCACCUCACGGCAGCGGGUUGUGCGGGGGGAGGUGGCGGUGGUGGAGGAGGUGGUGCCUCCGGAGGAUCGGGAUCCUGCAAGGCCAAGAAGCUCGAUCCGCGACUGAACCCCUCGCCCUAUCGCCAGCUAUUGCCCAUCGCCUUGUGCCUGCUCUCCUUCGCGACAGUGUUCGCCACCUUAAUAGUUUACAUGGACACGACAGAGAUUCGCCAUCAGCAGUUUCGGCUGAAUAUGUCGCGCGACUACGAGCUGAAUGGGGUUGCCCAAGACGAUCCCGCACUCAUUGCAUUCCUGCGCCAGAUCCACAUGGGCAAGUACCUGGGCAAGGCGUCCGCCAAGGUCGUGGGUGCGGCGUCGUCCGGGGGCGUACCCUCGCCGCCCAACUCGCCACGCGUCUCCUCGUUCGGAAGCGGCGGCAGUAGCAACAGCAGCGGCAGCGGAGCCGAUCAGCUGGCCCACUAUGUUGCGGAUCUGGUGGGCGGCAAGAUGAACGGAGCGGUGAUCCAGUCGCUGAGCGGUCCGCUGGCCCAUCUGAUUACGGCGCCCUGGCUGAGCGAGCAGCUCAACUGGAUGGGCGUGCUGGUGGAGCCGGAGCCGCGUUGGUACUUCACGUUGCGCAAGCAGAACGCCCAGCGGGCGCGCAUGCAGGUGGUGCACGCCUGCGUUUCGCCCACCACGUAUCCCAAAGAGAUCACCAUACACAACGAGGAUGUGCGCAUCAACAGUCUGCACGACGAGGAGACCUCAUGGUUCAACUCGCGUGUCAAAUGCUUUCCGCUCUACACAAUCAUGCUGGCAUGUGAGCGCACCGAAUACGAUCUGCUCAGUCUGGGCGUUCAGGGGCAUGAGCUGGAGAUCUUGCAGACGCUGCCCUUCGACAAAGUCAAAAUCGAUGUGAUAUCGAUACAUUUGCUCGAGGACCACGAGGACGUGCACGAGUACGUGCUAGACAUCACCAGGUUCCUGGCGGGCAAGUCCUACAAGCUGCAGCGCAAGAUCGGCAGGAACUACUUCUACCAGCGGCUCAAUGCCAGCGCCAGUCGCACGCGCAAGAAAGACAUCCUGCUGCUGAAGACGCCCUAGGCUCCAAAGGACGAACAACGAACGAUCGAAGGACUCGCCAUCGAGGCGAAGACAGGCUGGUUGGAAAGCGAAACGAAAGUAGUUUCUGAAGGAAAUUAAGCAAAGCGAGAGUCUAGCAGAACUCUCGAAACUGAACUCUAUGUUAUAAUGAUAAUUAUUACCAUACAUACAUACGCUACACUAACGAUAUCGUUUAUAUAUACUGUAUACCGAUUAUGAUAUAUUGUACGAGUAGAAUCUUAGUUUUUGUAAAACUCAAAUCUCCCUUUUCCGCCCCACCCCCUCAAAAAACAUAUUAUAUCUCCUUUAUGUUAUUAUUUUCAUUUAUUUUUUGUCGAAAUUGUUUUUUUGUGCGCCGCGUGUACGGGCAGAGUACACGGAACACUCGUGUUAAAUACAGAACACAUUACUAUAUACACAUAUGCAUAUAACGUAUUAUGAUUUGCUAUAAGCUAUGCUAAAUGAAUGUUAGGCUAAGAGUGCACUUGCCCGCCCCUUUUCGAUGUAUAAAUUAAAUUGCAACUGGCGCGGCGAGUUCGGACUAAGAACGAUAAAGAGAAAUUAUUGUAACUGCUCUGCUAUUAUAUAUUAAGGUCGGCUAUCUCCUACGAACUAUCCAACUAUCUACGCAAGUUUAUGUUAUAUCGAAUGCUUUAUCUAGUAAUCAAUAAGUAAGCGAACUCUAACGUAAAUUAUUGUUUAAACUGGCGCCGGACGACGAAGACGAAACAGCAGCGCAAAACUAAAUACAAAAACAUUUAAAUUAUAUUAAAUUAUUGAACCAAACAAACCAAGCACAUCCAUACACAUACACAUACCCAUACACACAACCAUUGUACACACAUACUCACACACUAGCGCAAGCGAAUAAAUAUAUAGAAAACUCAUUUGCAAAAUCUGCUUUCAACUCAUCUCAUACUCAUAGUUACAACAUAAGCGAACCAUUAAAUUAAAGAACAAAACUAUAGAUCGAUCGAAUGAAUCCAAUCACUAGAAAAAACGAAUAUUACAAAUCAGUUACGAAAUAGAGCAAAAAUCGAGAGAAAAUCACCCAGAAACACUCACACGACACUCAUGCACAUUUUAUGUACUAAAUGUACUAGUGAAUAAACUAAAUAAAACAAACUAAAUAAAUGUAAAUGUAGCGCAUCGAAAUUAAUGUAAACCACUCGUAUUUCAAUUACAUUUUAGUAAUUAUGAUGUAUUAUUAUUUUUUAUGUGCACACUUAGACACACACGCUCAGCUAAAAAUCGGUGACAGUUGUUGCAAGUGCCGCGAACUCGUUGCACCUCGCCCCCCGCCACGUCCUCAAAAACAAAAAAAAAGAAACACUCAGAACACAGACUUACAGAAUUUAAAUUGAGAGCCGAGUAGAGAAUCAGUGCCUUUGACUUAGACUUGUAACCAAAAAAAAACUCUAAGCAUUACUCAAGCUAAAAAUCGUUGUAAAUAGAGAGAUUGAGCAUUGAGCAGCAACCGUCACGAGCCGAAGAAAAAGAAGAACAUUUGUUGUUACCAAUUGCCGUCUGUUAAACUUGCCUUAUCGAUGAUGAUGAUGCCCACAGUCCUCAUUCACUCAGUUACUCAGUCACCCACUUGAAUCCGUCACAACUGCAACCACAGAAACUCGACUAAAUCACAAACACACAUCACCUUAGUCCUAAGUACAGUGCUAAUGUCUGUUUUUUUAAGCCUAAUUCUAAUUACUUAGUUGUAUCUUGUGUAAAUUAGCGUUUAACCAAAUUUUAAGUAGGCUCUAAUGAUAACCAUCUGAUUUGGCCCUGUCCAUAGCACACAUCCCGCAUUGCAAACGAGAAAACAAACCCAUACCAUACCCAUACCACAAAAGCAAAAGGCUAACUCAUGCUAAGCUCGACAUCGAACUAGAAAUUGUAUUUACAGCGAGCGUAAAACUAAGAAACAAAAUUUAUAGUUAAUAUAAAAAAUAAAGAAUCGAAAAACUUAUGAAA